AUGCCAAUAGGGAAUCCUAUUAAUAGAUUUUGUGAUGACUUUUGCUCCAAUUUAGUCGAAGAUAAUCUAAUAUCAAACUCAAAAUCAGAAAUUCAAGAAGAACCUCCCGAAAAUUUUGAACUACAAGGUUAUGCUAUUUUACAGAAAAUCGGAGAAGGCGCAGAAGCCUCUGUUUACUCAGCUACGAAAAUCGGAACUUCAGAUAUUAUAGCACUUAAAGUUUUUCGUAAAGAUAAAAGACUUGGCACAGAAAAGCCGAAAGAAAUCGAAAUAGCUCAAUCCUUAAAUCAUCCAAAUUGCUUACCAAUUUUAGGAUCUUUUGUUACACCUUCAAAUGAGUAUGUUAUAUCAAUGCCAUUAUCAAAAUACGGAGCUUUCCAAAUCUCAAAAAAGCCAGAAUUAACGACAUACGACGCUAUUCGCUUCUUAGAUCAAGUAGGAAGAGCAUUAGAAUAUAUGCACAACAACGGAUAUGUACACAGAGAUAUUAAACCACAGAAUGUCCUUAUUUUCGAUUCCGUCCUUACAUUAUGUGAUUUUUCAGUUUCAACGAAACUGAACAAUCCAAACGAGCUGUUAUCAGGAGAAAUAGGAACAUCAUUUUUCAUGGCUCCUCAAGUUGCAAAUCAAGAACCAUACAAGCCAAAACCUGCUGAUAUGUGGAGUUUAGGCGUUUCAGCUUUUGUAUUAAUUUACGGAACAUAUCCUUACGAUUUACAGCAAAUAUACGACUCAGCUGGCAUUAAUAAUCCCAAAAACAAUGUUUCUAGAAUUCAACCACUCGGAGAUUUAGUUUUUCCAACUUAUCCUAGCCUACCAACUGAGCUAAAAGAUAUAUUAAGUAGACUGCUUGAUAAAAACCCAGAUACAAGGAUGACAGCCACAGAAUUAGUGAAUCAUCCUUUUAUUCAACAAUAUAGAAAUAAAUGGAACAAUAUGGUCGCUCUCAUGGAAGAGACUGAUGCUAAAUAA